AGCUCCAGUAAUGUGUACCACGGCCAUUCUACCCACAAUUCGAAGCGUUCUACUCCAUUCGACUUAGCUCCACAAAAGAGAACUUAAUCGAAAGAAACUCAGUCCUAAGUCUGUCGAACUAAGCCGGUUAUCGUGGGUUCCACUAACAAUUUUGAGCUCAGUCAUCACAGCACCGCCACAAAAACCGAAGACGUGCAUGGAAUUCGCCCCAUUGAAACAUCACAUGCCCCAACAUUAUCAAUACUCCGGAAAAAGAAGAAAUCGAACUGGCCUGGGAAACAAGUCUUGGAACUAAGUUCUAGAUUUCGAAAUCUGGUCUAAUCGCAUCCCGAGAUCCAUCUUCAGAUCAGUUCGUAACUAUAGUGUGUAGCGGACUACAUAUUAGGACAGUGAGGCUGUGCUCCAUUUCUCUACAGUGAAAUCGUGGUAAAGCAAGUGCAAUCCAGUGAAAAUGGUUAUCAAUUUCGGUGCCGGUCCAGCUAAGUUACCUGAAGAGGUACUUAAAGAAGUUCAAAAGGACCUUGUCCACUAUCCUGGUGCGGAUAUUAGCGUCAUGGAAAUGUCACAUCGUGGAAGUCAUUAUGCAGCUAUUCACGAAGCAGCUUUACAGUCUCUAAAGGACAUAAUUUAUAUACCAGAUAACUACAAAAUAUUACUAAUGCAAGGUGGUGGAACAGGUUUAUUUGCGACUGUUUGCAUGAACCUUAUGGGCCGCACCGGAACUGCUGAUUAUAUUGUGUCUGGAUCAUGGUCUGCAAAGGCGGCAAAGGAAGCGGAAAAAUAUGGAAAAGUUAACUUGGUUAUUCCGAAAACAUCAAAGUACACUAGUAUCCCAGAUCAGUAUACAUGGAAUUUGGAUCCAAAUGCCUCUUACGUUUAUUAUUGUGAUAACGAAACAGUUGAUGGAGUGGAAUUCAAUUUUGUUCCAGAUACAAAGGGCGUUCCAUUAGUGGCAGAUAUGUCAUCGAAUUUCCUAUCUCGUCCGAUCGAUGUAUCUAAAUAUGGCGUAAUUUUCGCUGGAGCUCAAAAAAACAUCGGAACUGCUGGUAUCACUGUUGUUAUUGUUCGAGAUGAUUUGAUAGGACACGCUAUGAAAAUAACCCCAACUAUCCUUGACUUUGAAAUACAAGCCAAGAACAAUUCUAUUUACAAUACACCACCGACAUUUAUUAUAUAUGUCAUGGGACGUGUUUUCGAAUGGAUCAAACGCUGCGGCGGAAUCACAGCUAUGGAGAGCAAUUCACUGAAAAAGUCACAAUUAAUUUAUGAUGUCAUAAAAUCCUCAAAUGGUUUCUACAAAUGCCUUCUCGAUUCUAACUGUCGGUCACGAAUGAAUGUCCCAUUCCGGAUCGGAGAUGCGAACGAGGAACUCGAGAAGCAAUUCCUAAAAGAAGCGGAGAGCAAGGGAAUGAUUCAGCUUAAAGGACAUAGAUCAGUUGGAGGAAUACGUGCAUCGUUAUACAAUGCAAUUACUAUUAAGGAGGCUCAAAUCCUCGCGGAAUUUAUGACUGACUUCUAUAAGCGAAAUGAGUCUAAGGUGUAGGCCAGCAAGCAGCAAAGCAAAGCCGAUAUUACGUAUAAAAAUAUAUAAUUUAUAAUAAUAUACGUGAGAUACACUUCAAUACAUUUUUAUAAGAAUUUACACAUUAUUGCGGUUAUUCUAAAUAAUAUAUUUCUUCUUGUUUGAA